UCACACGGACGAAAAUUUUAUCAACUGACAAGGGAUUUCGUGAAAAUUUGACAACAGAAUAAUGUCUGGUGAACUGAAUCAUCUUUUAGAAAACAUUCUCCUGGACACUGGGGGUUUGGGGCGCUUCCAGUUUCUCAUUAUUACCGUUAUGAACCUUGUUAAGUUUCCGAUCACGUGGUCUGUGUUGAUGAUGACGUUUGGGGCCGCUUCUCCUGAUUGGUGGUGUGACGAUCAUAGAAACUCUUCAAUAUUGGAGGAAAAUAAGGAUGCUAGAAAUGAAUCUGGUGUUACAUUGCUUUUCAAAGAGUGCAACGUGAACGGUUCUAGUACUUGCAGUGUAGUGCAUUUCGAUCCCGGUAUGAAUACGGUUAUUAGCGAGUGGGGACUUGUCUGCGGGGAGAGCUGGGUGCCUGGAAUCAUUAUAAGUAUUCAGAUGGCGGGGCUGUUCAUCAGCGGGUACCUGUCGGGUCAGCUCUCAGACAUGUUCGGAAGAAAACUAAUCCUCUUCAUAUCAAUUCUUCUAAACGCAGUGGCUAAUAUCGUAGCCGCUUUCUCCACCUCGUGGCAGAUGUUUGCCAGCCUUAGAUUCGUUAUCGGCAUAUCCUCCGGUUUAUACUUGGCUAUUUAUUUGACCUUCAUCAUUGAGUUCACGCCCAUGAAGUCCCGGCCCAUGAUCCAGGCUAUUCCCUCGUGGUCUCUGGCGGCCGCUCUGUAUGGACUUCUGGCCUGGCUGCUUCCUGACUGGCGAUAUAUGCAGAUUGUAACGGGCGCCGUAUCUGUGCCUUUUCUCGCAUGUUGGUUCAUUGUUCCAGAAAGUUUCCGCUGGUUAGUCUCCCACAAAAAGAUGGACGAGGCAAAAGUGGUCAUAGAUAGAAUCUCCAAAUUUAACAAAGUAUCGUCUCCUAGUCUGCAGGAAGUAGAGGGCGCUCUGCAAAAGUCUAAUAUCAUGAACCGGAAGUAUACUGUGGUCGAUAUUUGUAAACACGGGUACUUGCUGAAAAGGGCGGUAAUCGUGUCUUUUGCAUGGAUGGCGAUGGCUUAUACGUAUUAUGGGAUUUCUUUUGGUGUGGACAAAUUGUCUGGUAGUCUUUAUGUCAACAUAUUUGUUCUGAGCUUUUUGGAAAUUCCUGGGUCUUUUCUCGCAUGGUAUUUCAUGAAAAGGAUAGGGCGGAGGUGGUCCUACAUGAUAUUUAGUUUACUGUCAGCAGCCGGGGGCAUCGCCGUUGGAUUGGCAAAAAAUUUCGAUUUUAACAACAGUUCGGCUGUUAUUAAUGGUUUUGCCUUUGUGGCUAAGCUGGGUUGUUCGGCGGCUUGGUCCUGUAUGUUUAUCAUCACCACGGAAUGCUAUCCAACUGUACUAAGGACCACUGGGUACGGAUUGGCCAGCUCCUUGUGUAGGAUUGGUCCUAUUUUGGCACCACUGGCUCUCAGCACAAGCGCCACCUACAAAGGCUUCCUGUACUUCACUUGUGGAGUUGUGACGUGUAUUUCCGGUUUGUCUAUUUUCUGCAUCCACGAGACCAAAGACCGCGCGCUAGAGGACCUAAUAGGCGUGGAUCAAAUAGAAGUGUCUCUCAAAGUGACCGAUAGUGGAAUACAAAUUACAAAUGACAAUGCUGCUGACAAAAAAUAGAAAGUUAAUUAAAAAAGUAUACUAGAGUAUUUAUUGUUUUAUAGAGAAAAUGUGAAUUGUGUUCAUAAAAGAAGAAAAUGAC